CAGAAAGUGUGCCAAAUACACAUUCAUACAACUUAGAUAUAUCGCACCAGGUUAUUUCGUUGUUGGUUUACAAGCAUGUGAUAAAUGAUUAAUUUAAAUGAUUUCAUUUUAGAAUUUAGCCAUUAAAUGUAAUUUAGCUCAUCAAAAUGAAACUGAAAGGCUUACGGCGAUAACAUAAAUAAAGAACCACAUCAUGGCACCAGGUGCUCUUAUAGACGAUAUACAGGUACCGAAGAAACCAAGCCCGGUCCCUCCUUAUCCUGGGUUUGAUCUUGAUGGAACUUACAGCCCGGAGUACCCUGUACCGAGAGUGAAGUGGGAUGCAGAAGAAAAUCUUACUAGAAACAGAGGUUCUAUAGAUAACUGGGCGUUCUAUGGCGAAAGCAUUGCCUCGCCUAGGCCCGAACCUCGUUGCCCGACCAGAGAAUCCGUAGAUAAUUGGACGCAUGGCCGACACGGAACAAUUAAGCCUAUUAUAGACGGUUUUGCGUCUCCUAGACCCGAUACCGCCCCACCGAGAAUUAAAACUGAAGCAGAAGAUAUUGCACGUGUAAGCAGAGGCGGGAGAAUGUGUAACCUGCUUACAAAGUACGGAAAGUUCGGGACGUCUCCUAGAGUUGCGAGAGUAAAACCGGAAGCGGAAGGAACUGCAACAGUACAUAAAGGAGGUCGAAUGAACAAGCUUGUUCACAGUUACGGGAAAUUACCACUGUCAGCACGUGCAGUACCACGUGUCAAGGUUGAGGGAGAAGAAAAUGCUGACUUAGACAAAGGGAAACGAAUAAAUAAACUUGUUCAUAGUUACGGUAAACUGCCACUUUCAGCUCGUGCAGUACCAAGGGUGAAAACCGAGGGAGAGGAAAAUGCAGAUUUAGACAAGGGUAAACGAAUGGACAAACUAAUCCAUAAAUAUGGUCGGAUGCCCCUUUCUGCUCGGGCCGUCCCGAGAGUUAAGCCCGAAGGGGAAGACAAUGCUGAUCUUGACAAGGGGCGAAGAAUGGACAGACUGAUGCACAGUUGCGAGACAUUGCCAAAGUCACCUCGAUCCCCACCGAGGGUGAAAAAUACUGAAGGGUGGAAUAACAGUUUCAGGGGACGUGGAAGCAUGGGGAAAAUAUUCCGGGAUAUGGGAAAAAAGACAUGUAUAUUUCAACCAGGCGUUAAGAAGAAAUCUUACCUUAAAACCGCAAUGAUGUAAAUUAUAGCUACAAACAAACUUUCAGAAUGUUAAGCUCUCUUUACAGGGAAAUUGCUGUGAAUAUUUCGCGUCUUGGAAAGCUAGCGUACUCUUUAGCAUGCUUUUUUUUUUUUUUUUAAAUUCUGAAAUGCUGUAUGGUAGUGGACCCAUAAUGGAGAAUAAAGUUUUAUCCCCCGGUUUUUACGGAAAGCCAUGUUCAUGACGAGCUACAUUUACGUCCGUAAGAUGCCGAAUUAUCUAACGAGAAUACAGAAUCACACGGAAAUUGCCGAGUGCCAUUACGGAUCCGCUACCUUAAUCGACGGGUGAAAGUGAAAGACGCUUUUUUAUUUAUAUGCACUUGCACCUCUUUCACCCUUCCCCACCGUUUUAAUAUUUCCGCUGAUGCAUGUCAGAAAAUACGGCAUUUGUUCGAUUUCAACUGAUACAUGUGCUGUAAAGUGUACUACUGUUGAAUAUGCCAAUGACUUAUACUUUAAAAGAAAAAGGCUGUUUCAGAAUCAAAUAUUUCAUUUCAGUUUUUGUCAUCAUGCUGAUACGCAUUCAGUUACUUACAUUUUGACACAACCUUAUCUAUGCCAUUAAAUUUUUUAGUUCAAA